UUCCAACAGGAUAUCAUUCAUGAUCCUGGCCGAGGUGCUCCACUUGCCAAGAUUGUGUUCCGUGACCCAUACAGGUUUAAGAAAAGAACUGAACUGUUCAUUGCUGCUGAGGGUAUUCAUACUGGUCAGUUUGUUUACUGUGGCAAGAAAGCUCAGCUGAACAUUGGCAAUGUUCUGCCUGUUGGCACCAUGCCAGAAGGCACCAUCGUCUGCUGCCUUGAGGAGAAACCUGGUGAUCGUGGAAAGUUGGCCCGUGCUUCUGGAAACUAUGCUACUGUCAUCUCUCACAAUCCUGAAACGAAGAAAACCAGAGUAAAGCUGCCUUCUGGAUCCAAGAAAGUGAUUUCUUCUGCAAACAGAGCUGUUGUGGGUAUCGUCGCUGGUGGAGGUCGUAUUGACAAGCCUAUCCUAAAGGCUGGCCGUGCCUAUCAUAAAUACAAGGCAAAGAGGAACUGCUGGCCACGUGUCCGUGGUGUGGCUAUGAAUCCUGUAGAACAUCCCUUUGGUGGUGGUAACCACCAGCACAUUGGCAAGCCUUCAACCAUCAGGAGAGACGCUCCUGCUGGGCGCAAAGUUGGUCUCAUCGCUGCCCGUCGUACGGGUAGACUGCGUGGAACAAAGACUGUGCAGGAAAAGGAGAACUAAUGACCCAGUAUGGAAUUUACAGAAUAAAUUUUUAAAACUUA